AUGGCGACUGCAAGACUGGAAUACGUUCAGAGUGAUUCUUCUUCGUGUGGUGUCAAGCCUUUAAUAGGUUAGACUUUAAUAUUUGUGAGCAACCUUUCGAUACAAUUUUGUCAAAAAAUAGUGGGUUGAAUUUUGUGCUUUCUUUUUGCUUUUGUAUAAAACGUGCUAAUUUGUGCCACUUGUUCCAUAGACAAUAGAUAGAUAGAUAGAUUUCGGUUGACCAUUCUAAUUAUUUUAUGCAGUACAUUUCACAAAUGCAAACUUGAGAUCUGGCAAGAAAGAUAACAAAAAAAUCAAAUUUGCCUGUUAUCGAUGGGCCGACCAUACUGAUGAAAAGAAGAAGAAGAGAAGAACUCUGGUGAGUGGAAGCAAGUGAAAUGUGUGUGUGGUAUUGUUUUCCUUUUUGAUUCUUUACUAUUUGUGUAAGGUCUUGGAAAUUUUUGUUUUCUUUCAGUUGUCAUUUCUCAUCUCAUUUUGCUAAAAAUAGGGACGAGCUACACAAGGAAGCUCUUGCAUAUAAGCUUCUAACAAUGAUCAGCAUCAUCACUCUCAUUAUCAUCAUCAUUGUCAUCAUCAUCAUCAUCAUCAUAGUCAGCGUCAUCAUCAUUAUUGUUGUCAUCAUCUUCAUCUUUGUCUUUGUUAUUGUCAUCGUCAUUGUCUUAGUCAUCGUUAUUGUUCAUCAUCAUCAUCAUCAUCAUCAUUAUUCUCAUCACGUUUGUUGUUUUCCUGUUCUGUUCAAGAGAAAAAAAAACUUCCCUGAAACCCCUCCGGAAAUUUCAGUUUUAUAGCUAAGUUGUUUCAGCUAAAAAAAAAACUAAAAAGGCCCCCUUUGUCCAGAAACUCUGCUCACUAUUAGCAUUGUUUUUUAGAUUGCUGAGACAGACAAAAUGGAGUAUGUUGGUCAAAACUUUGGAGAAUCUGCUAGAUCUAACACAUUGUGCAAGUGAGUACUAUUACAAAUGAAUGAGGUUAUUUUUAUAGAUUUCUUAUUUUCUUUCUUUAUUUUUAUCCUGUUAGAGAAGAUAAGUGUUCAGUGUAGUGAUCCUUCUUAGAAGAAAUGUCACCUUUUCUUUUUUUUGAGAUGAACAAUAUCUACCUGUAUAUGUAAUGUUUGUUUUAUAAACAGAGGGUUUGUUUGAUUUGUAGAUAUGUCCUUGGGGUUUACAAUUCAAGAACAGAGGUCAUGAAGAUGUAUGACACUGAGAUGAUUACACUACAGCCUAAAGUUCUAGGUAAACUAUCAGAGGGUUUGAUUUGUAGGUGUGAGGGGUGUGACCUCAGUCAACUCUCUCUAAGAGAGACAUCUUCGGGACCAGCCCUGACUGUCUGUCUUAAAGAGAUGUCUAACUUAUCGAUUUCUAACAAAAUUUGUGGAGAAAAUUCCCAUGAAAUUGGCUGUUUUUUACCGAUAGUUUUUUGGCAAAGUUUGCUCCUGAAAAUUCCUGCAAAAAUUCUGUGAAAUCGGCAGAUUUUUCCACGAAUUUGUCCUGAAAAUCCCGCAACAUUUAACUUUUCUUUCUGCGACCUAUCAGAAGCCCUGGUUAAGAGAGAGUUGAAUGUAUAGGUCUUUUUAACUUGAACCCUAACUUUAAUCGUUUCAGUCUCAUUUUACCUGCUCCUAAUUUGCAUGGGAUCACUCCAGUUGUCUAUCUGUGAUGGGUAGGGGCUCUACCUUGUACAGGACCUAAGUCCUGCUUGGCCCAUCCUCUCUUGGUAGUUCUGCACCUAGUAAAGGGGGUACGAUAGAACAAGUAAACGACAUUAUUGUAUCAUAGUGAUUUUGAGUCGCUGAAUAUAUGUACCCAAAAAUAGAGGGGGAGGUUCAUCAAUGGGAAAUUGGCAUGUUUUGAAUUUAUUUUACCAGUCAAAAUUGAAUUCAGGUUAAAAUUUUUUCACCAAGGUUGAUUCUUAAUCUCCUUAAUGUCUUCUAGUCCUAAUUCAUGAAUAAUUAGGGCUAGAAGACAAAGAAAAUUGAGAAUCGACCCAGGUUAAAAUAUUUUAACCUGAAUUUAAUUUUGACCUGUAACAUAAUUUAUACAUGUUUGGGAAUAAGAAUAUAGGCAACGUACUCUAGAAAUCACUUUUUCUAGCAUUCAUUAUUAUUGUAAUUACUAGAAAACUGGAUGAAAGAAAAUAUUCCAAUGUAUCUGGAAUUUUCCAACUUGUAGAUACUUGCAUCUUUUGGUGGCAAAAAAUAGUCUGUGAACAGGCCUUUGGUCGAGCGGGGAACUGGGGAGAGGGAAAAGUGAAAAGGGCUCUCCCCCCCCCUUUCCUUUCCCUUCGCUAUUUUUUUACCCCAAAAAGAACCGAGAGCCUGUUCACGCUAUUUUUUUCCCCAAAAAGGACCGAGAGCCUGUUCACAGGCUAGCAAAAAAAGGCUCUUUUUAUGAUUUUUUUCCUGUAAAUUUUUUGUAGCAGGAAAAUGCUUUUUAUGUUAUAUGGGCAUAUGCAUACUCAUGCAUAUUUGUGUCUCCUUGAUAUUGUUUUCAUUGGUGCAGUUGAUAAUGAGUUAAACCACACAGAAGGAGAACAAGACAAUAAGAUGGAACUCUCUUACAUUGAAAAGGUAAAUAAACAGUGAUUCAAAAGGAUAAAAAGAUAUGAAUUUAACUCGUCUUAAUAUCAUAUUCAAAAUGUCAAUAACUUUUUGUAGUUAUUUUUGUCAUCAUGGAUCUAUUAUAAAACAUUAUGUUACAAAAAACACUCUUACCUGAUGUCACUUUUGUUCUCUAGCUUGUUUUGUCACUUUAACCUGUAUAUGUAACAUUAUGUCAGAUUUUCGUUUUUUUAUCUUGUCACUUGAUGAUAAUGUUAUGGUGACAUCAAAAUGUUGUGUUAAAAUCUUUUCGCUCAUUUUUAUUGAUAAAUGUACCACUUUUUUAACCUCCAAAACAUGUGUCUCUAAGCUAGUGUUUCUUACCUGAAAUUCAAAAGGUAUUUUUGUCUUUCAGUAAUAAUCUGCUCACUACUAUUUUGUAGAAUGAUCUUCUCACAGAAGCGUUUGGAAGCAGUAAAAAGAAAAGAGCCAUGGCAUCUCGACUGCGAAAUAAAAUUGACAAUACAGGGCUGGAUGACACAGUGACUGAAGUCGUACAGGCUCUGGCAAAUGAACCAAUGGAUAAAGCAGGUCUUAAUCUUGAUUUUCCAGAUUAAUACAGUUUCUAGAUGAUAAAUGCAAUAAUUUUAAUUGGGUACUUGACUCAGUUUGAAGUGUUUAAAUGAGCAUGGUCAUGCUGAAAUGUCAUCUUUUUGGUAGUAUAUUUAUAGCAAAAUGUGUCAGACAUUCUCUUGUGCGGCAUACAUAGAUUCUUUCUCAUAGCUUUUUAUCACCCCAUGCUAGGAAAUCCUAGACUGUCUUGCAUUCUGGAUUCUAUGCCAUGGAUUCUGGAUCCAGGUACUGGAUUUUGGAUUCCUUGAGCUGAUGAUUACAGCUUCCAAAGCCUAGGAUUAUGGUUUCCAUAAGAAAAUUUUCUCGCAUUCUAGAUUCCGGCUCCCCUUUAUACCUGGGGUGAUUUUUAUAUUUUCUGUUGCCCCUGAUUUUAUCCAUUUUUCACUGAUUGCAGAUGGCGUGGAAGAACAGUACUCAUCCAUUCCUCCAUUUGAUGCUAGUGCGGCAACUCCUGCUGAUGUCUACAAACUAGAUGAUAGUAUCCUUUUCAAAUUUCAAAUUAUGUACAAAAUGUUUGUUAUAGUCGUAUUCUCUAGUAUUCAUUUUCUUUAGAGAACAUUAGUGGCUUUGACUUUUUAAGUUGCUUUUACUGUCUGGAAUACAUGGUAAAUGUUUGUUGGGAAUCCCAAGUUGUUGUGUGUAAUCAUGAAAAUUUACCCUAGACUAUAUGGUUAGCUAUGUGGUUAGGUUAGCCCAGAUAUUGUCCAUGGAAUGAUGUAACUUAGAUAACAGUGCUUUAGAGUGUGUGUGAACUUUCUCUUUAUUCAUCAACACAAUUCUAGCACCAGAUCUUUGUUUCAUUUCAGCAAAAUAUUUAUAGCAUUUUAUGUUGAGAUCAACACAACUUUCUGUAGUAAACUUGUCAACGUCCCUUGACUUAUUGAAGUUAUAACUCCUUUGGAAUAUGAAGUUUUGCAGAAAAAGUCACUGGAACUUAAAAAUGCAGAGAGAGAUACAAUAAACGUAUGGAGAAAUCAAAGAAGGUACAAAGUGCAUAUUUGCAGCUAAUGCAGCCUGGGAAAUUUUUUGUGCCAAAGAUGUAUAAUGUAAUAUUUUAUAGCAAUGAUAUUUACAUCAUACUAUUUACUGUAACAUCUUGGCUUAACUGACAGACAACUAAUAACAUUGCGACUUAAUUGUAUGACUAGUCAGGUCAAUAACCAGCAUUUAAUAACAUCAAUUACUGACGUGAUGAAUACUUUGACUCUGAAGAUGACUACUGCACAGGUUGUCGAAAUGUCAGUCACUGUCAACAACAACAGUCCUAUUCCAAACUACGUUCACCCAGAAGAUCAUCCUCAACCUUCUUUUGAAAUGAUAUUUACUUUUGCCUUUUUAUGUUAACGUGUAGGUUCCCAGAGUAUAUUUUGCGGCAUUUAGAAGUCAUGUCUGUCAAUCCUUCACAGCGUCUCCACCAGUCAUGUUGCCUCUUAUAUUUAUCAUACAUGAUAACAUUAUAUGGCUUGAACUAUCAGGAUCUGAAGAAAAAAGGUGAAUGCUUUGGACCGAACAAUACACAUAGUCAUACAAUCCUGAGUUCCUUGUGAUUGGGUCUUUAGUGGCCAGUUUACAGUCAUACCAAUAAUUUGAGACUGUUUGCGUGUGCCAUAGCAGAGACCUUUAGAGUCAAGGACAAGGAGGACCACUAGGACAUGAUUUAACUUUGAUUUAGCUUUUUGGCAUUUUAAAUUCUAACAAAUUUUCUUCUGAGAUAGUCUUUCUCAUCUUAGAAUCUAGAGGUCUCCAAUGUGUAAAACAGGCAAAAUUUAGAAUGAGGCAAUCAGAGUGUUUGAAAACAAGUUACGAUGUCACUGCUGACCAUUUCUGCUGAAAAUCAUUGUUACCAACAAGAAUUGAGAUUGAAAUCCCUAAAUAGCAACAGGACACCCAAGCAACCACAGGAGACCCAAAGAUUAGUGUACUGCGUUUGCAGCCAAAAAAAGUUGACUGCAACCUCAUGAGCCUGGGUCAUUUUUUCUCAUUUUAUAGAUCCUCUGUAUGGAAUGCCUGACAUUAUACAGAAGAAACUCUUGUCCAUGUUUUCACUGCAGAAAGGAAAAUUUAGGUAGGAGUAAUAAUUAACAAGUCAACGUUAUCUGAAUCAGUACAUGAGCUCUCUCCAUUCGCAGUUAGAUAGAAAAUUGCAACUUUUGACACUCUGUGCUGAAGCAUUUUUUUUGUGAGCACAAACCUUAUUUACACGAUGAAAUGAAUUUUUUUAAAUUUACUUUUGCAGAGCAAUUCCAAAAAGACUCAAGGAUAAACUUGUGUCUUACAUAUUAGUGCUAGCAUUGAUGAUUGAUGAGUAUACAUUAGAGUGCAGUGUGAUCAUGAAAGAUCUUGGCAUGUCUGAUUCAAGGUAUGAAACCAACUCUGGGUAAUCUGAAAGCACGGAAAAUAAGCUUGCAUGUCAACACGUCCUGUGUUUUGACAAUUUGAACACACUGUUGAAAGGGUACUUUAAAAUUCAACUCUUUUGCAAAGAUUUGCACAGUUGAGUACUUUGAAACUGAAUGGAACUAGAAAAUAUCCCAUCAUAAACCCCACUAUGGAGUGUUGAUGGCAGUUCUAAGGGAGAUCCCUCCUCUGCAGAGUGGGCCUCUUUGUGUCGUAGGUAGGCUGGGAGGAGAGGGAAAAAGGAAAGCGCCAGGGAACAAUGGAAAGAAGAAAGCCAUUUCUCUCCUCCCACCAUCCACCAUGUGCUUACUAUUGUUUUGUUAUUCUAUUUUUAAUGGAAUACCCAGUGAGAGCCCAGGGCUGUCAUGUGGGGCCGGGUAGAGAUUUUCCCCGGCUAGUAGAACGUGGCCCCCGGCUACUUUCAUGGGAAAAUACAAGAAAAAUAGAACUAUAAGAAACCCCUACCUGUUUGAUUCCCCGCCUGCUUGCUGUAUUUACCCGGCAACUUGAAAUCUUGGUGACAGCCCUUGAGAGGCUCUUUAGAGGAGAGAGCAAGGCAAGGGUGACUUGAAAGUCAAAUUUGUAAAGGAAAUUGUGAAGCUAAUUAUAAUAUUAUUGAAUUUUGAGAGGGUUCAGAGGUUCAAACCAAUAUACCCUCAAGGAGAAAGGUAAAAAGUUUUGGCAUCCACAAUGUUAUUUAUUGCUCUCAGAACCCCUGGCGAAAGCCUGCUCCCUCAAUGAGCCUCAGCAUUCCACGUACAGUUAGUCACCUGAUUUCAGGCAAAAUCCUUGAAGGGCAUGAGCAGUGAGAGAAAUGGGGUGGAAACAUGUGUUUUUGCAUUUUUUUUCCCAUCUCACUAAACAAACUGCCCACUACACAGGCUUCAUGUAUCAUAUGUUUGCAUUUUGUAGACUCAGUGCACUGUUAAUAGGAAUUUCUUUUGAUUGGCAGAUUAACAGCUCACAUGAAAGCGAUAGGCUGUGUUGUAAGAUCAUCAAAAGGACAAAGGAAACGAAAACUUGACGAUGAAAAGGACAGCACUCCUUCUUCUAAAACAGCAAGUCUUGAAAUUCCUUUACCCCCUGACUUCCAAAAUAGCACAAACAGAUGA